AUGGAAAAACGACGUGGGCCACCUCCGUGUCAGUCUAAGAAAGGGUGUUCUAAUCCAGCCAAAAUUCGGAAAGCAAAAGACGGAUCUCAACUUUGUGGUCCUUGUUUUUCGAAAAACUUUGAAGACGAUGUGCAUGAGACAAUAGUAAACAAUAAUCUGUUUAAGAGAGGAGAACGUGUUGCAAUCGGAGCUUCCGGCGGAAAAGACUCAACCGUGUUGGCAUAUGUUAUGAAAACUUUGAACGAUAGACAUGAUUAUGGAUUAGAUCUUCAACUUUUGUCAAUUGAUGAGGGAAUUAAAGGAUAUCGAGAUGAUUCUCUUCUUGCUGUUGAGAAAAAUCGUAUUGAAUAUGAACUUCCACUGACAGUUCUGAGUUAUAAUGAUCUUUACGGAUGGACUAUGGAUGAUAUUGUUGCGAAAAUUGGUAAAAAGAAUAACUGCACAUUUUGUGGAGUAUUCAGAAGGCAAGCUCUCGAUCGAGGUGCUUUCAAAAUUGGAGCGACUAAAUUGGUAACUGGACAUAAUGCUGAUGAUAUGGCGGAGACUGUGUUGAUGAAUGUUCUACGUGGAGAUAUUGCACGUUUGGAGAGAUGUACGAAUAUUGUUACUGGUGAAGAAGGUGACUUGCCACGUGCAAAACCUUUGAAAUAUUGUUUCGAACGAGAUAUUGUUAUGUACGCAAGAACAAAUCAAUUAGAGUAUUUCUAUACAGAAUGCAUUUAUGCUCCGAAUGCAUACAGAGGAUACGCGAGGAAGUACGUCAGAGAUCUUGAAAAAGUGCACCCACGUGCGAUUCUCGAUUUGAUUCGAAGCGGAGAAAAAGUUUCAGUGAAAAAAGAAGUGGAAAUGCCAACGUUGAAAACUUGUGAGAGAUGCGGCUAUAUGACAAGCCAGAAAAUGUGCAAAGCAUGUUUACUGAUCGAAGGGCUCAACACAGGGAACACUGAUUUGGGAGUUAGAAAAUCGAAGAAAUCGAAGAAAGUUAUAGUUGAAAUAGAAGGAGAAAAGAAAGAAGAAGGUUGCGGAAGUGGUGGAGGAGGAUGUGGGUGUGCGGGAGCAGCGGAUGAAACAGAAAAUGAAGAGACGAGGAAGCGAUUGAAAGAUUUACAGUUUUGA